UUUUUUUUUUUCUUUUUUUUUUUUUCUUUGUUUCUUUUCCUUGUUGCAUUGGAGUUUUCGCAAGUGAACAAAGUCUUCGCCAUCCAACCACCAAAACCAACCGCCGCCCCCGAACGACAAACCGACCCCCCCCACCACAGCGGAAGACACUUGGACAAGCACACCAACUGCCUCACCAUUCAAAACAACAUACCCCGCUCUCCUCACGCUCUCCCUUGCCAGGCGAUGAUGGUCGUUAACAUCCACCUCAAGUGCGGCCCGUUGGAAGACGUUGGCUCAUACACUGCGCCGCCACGACCGUCGCCCGCCGACCCGUCCACCCCAACCUCGCUCGCAGCCACACAGCCCGACGCCUUCCUUGCGCCGCUCGUUGCUCUCGCCAUCGAGAAGUUCCCGCGAGCCGGAUUUGGCACAACCGCACCGCUGUUUUUUGUGCACGAUUAUACACACCCAAACGUGCUCGUACGCCUUGUACGACCAGAGCAAAUCCUUCCGGGCGUGCACGUCGAGGUGGUGAUUCCCGUCGGAGCUCCCAUUCCAGUCGCCGCUGCGGCAGCUGCUGUGGCGCAGCCCGCGAGCGCCGCUUUGCUCAAGCACCAUUCCAUGCCGGCCAUGCCGGAGACGGUUCACGGCUCGGGCGGCGCAACCCUCGCCAUACAUGCGGAGCAGGAUGUGCACGAGCAGGACGGCGUGUCCACUCCCACACGGCGCCGCACCAACCCGGAUGCGAUUGAUAGCGCUGGACGGCGGAAGAAGACGACAACUUCGCUGUCCAAUCUGGCGGGGCAUCCUCAUCACCUGACCGUCAAGUCGUACAUGAAGCCGACGUUUUGCGACUAUUGCAACGAGCUGCUGUGGGGCCUUGUGCGUCAAGGGCUGCGUUGCGAGGACUGCAUGCGCAACUUCCACAAGCGCUGCGCGUACAAGGAGCUCAACUCUUGCGAAGCCGCGCGCAAUUCGAUUGCCGGGGACAGCCACCAGGUGGCAAUCUCGCGAGUUCCCGUCAUGCCGCACAACUUUACUGUCCAUACCUACAAGAAUCUGACCGUGUGCGGUUCUUGCAAAAAGCUGCUGUGGGGCGUCGCCCGUCAGGGUCUGCAGUGCGCCGACUGCGGCUACAACUGCCACAAAAAGUGUUUACAGCACGUGCCUCAAGACUGCGGCUUUGGCCAGGUGGAUGGGACAUCCGAUCUGUCCGCCGUCGUUGGUACCGUCGACGGUGUGCUGACCGAGUGCUUGCGUCUCAUUGCACAAAACCUGUUGCCCGAUCUCGACAUUGACUCGCUCCCAUCGUUCGACCGCGACAGUGCGGACGCCAAAAACCGAGCGCUGGGUGAGGUGGAAGACCGCAUUGCCCGCGGCAAGUUUGGAGAGGUAGUCGUGCUCUUGCGGCACUUUAGCGCCAUCUGGCCCGACGAUGCGUUUGGGCCUCGCGACGUCACCGACAUGGAACGUGCCCAAAACUUUUUCGGCGAGCACAAAACGCGAAGCCGGGCCUCGCUUGUUUCGCUGCCUGCCGACACGGCCAACAUUCCGCUGCAUCGCCUCAUGAACGUGCCCGUCGACUACGACGAGUCGCACGACCAUUUGGACACGCCUGACUCGCAACGGCUCAGCGUCGCCAGCACCGCGUCGUCGACCCCCAGUACCACCAUGCCUGCAGUGGCCUCGUCCCCUGCAACCUCGACCAAUGUCGCUGCCACUGCUGACGGCAAGGGCCGAAAGGUGCAUCUCGUCAACGGGCACGAGUUUAUCGCCACUCACUUUGCCGUGCCGACUUUUUGCCAACACUGCGACAAGUUCAUUUGGGGCGCUGGCAAACAAGGCUACAACUGCUCUCGAUGCCUGCUCAAGUGCCACAAAAAGUGCCACGAAGAUACGCUCCCGUGUGCCGGCGCUGCUCCAACAGCAGCAGCAGCAGCAGCAGGAAGUGGUGGUGCGUCUCCCGCGCCCAUUCCCGAAAUCACCGUGUCGAGCGCACGAGCAAGCGUUGCGUCGAUGGGUCAACUCGAUGGGAUGGUCAUCAAGGAAGGCUGGCUCGUGCACCACACAAACAAGGACGCCAAGUCCCAAAACGCCCGAAAACGCCGGUUCUGGCGUCUCACUGGGCAAAACCUGUCUUCGUUCGUCUCCGACCGCGAUAACAAGACGACCCGCGAUGUGCUUCCAUUAUCCAAGAUUUUGGCAGUCGAACCCUCCGCAGUCACACAGCUGCAAUUCUGCUUUGAGGUCAAGAUCAAAAAGCUCACGUACUUGCUGGAGACGGAGAACGAAGCCAUGCGCCAGAGCUGGAUGACGGCACUCCAGGAGCAAUUGCACUUGCACAGCUUGCAGCACCCACAAGCGCCACCUUCGCCGACCAGCCUCAACUUGCCAGCCGGUUCCGGUUUGCAUUUUGCCUUUGCAACAGCCUCCAGCGCAUCCUCGUCGUCCGACUCGCCACUCCCGUCCCCAACAUUGUCCACCACGUCGUCUUCGACCUCAUCCACAUCGCGCUCGUCCACUGGCACCAUUGUUCCUCCUGCUGUGGCUUCCCCUGCUCCUGCAGUUGGCACUCCACCACCAGCACAGGCAUCUGCCAAUAAUAACGCCGCUCCGCAGUCUGCCACCACAGCUGUCAGCGCGUCUGCAGCUUCCGCCGCAACCACCGCUCCUGGCUUGAGCUUGGCGCCUGUUGCUGCUGUUGCUGCUGCUGCCGGCGCAACGACUCAGGCUGCUGCCAAACCGGGCAAGGUACCCUCGCAGGGCUCGCAAUCCAGCUUGAACAGCAAUGAUCUUGUGCCGGCCGGCGGCGGCCGCACCUAUCGUCAUCCAAUUGACAGCGAUUUUGAUGUCCGCCGCGACCAAAUCCUGGGCUCUGGUCAGUUUGGAGUGGUUGUGCGUGCGACCGACAAAAAGUCAACCCAAGUUUUUGCCGUCAAGAUUAUCAAUCGCAAAAAGAUCACUGGCGACCGCGCCGAUCAGAGCAAGAGCAAGGUCAACUCGUUCAAGAACGAGGUGCACAUCUUGCAGAGCGUUCGCCACCCUGGCAUUAUUGCUCUCGAGAGUAUUUACGAGUCUCCCGACAAGAUUUUCCUCGUCAUGGAAAUGGUUGAAGGCGGAGAUAUGCUCGACCGCAUUUUGAAUCACCCGAACGGCAAGCUUCCAGAGCGUGAAACGAAAUUCCUGGUCUACCAAAUUCUCGUUGCCCUCAAGUAUCUGCACACUCUCAACAUUGCUCACCGCGACCUCAAGCCCGAAAACGUCCUGUUGAUGACCAAGCAUUCCUUCCCGCAAACAAAGCUUUGCGACUUUGGCUUUGCCAAGAUUGUCGGCGAGAACUCCUUCAUGAUGUCCAUUGUUGGUACUCCUGCGUAUGUUGCUCCGGAAGUACUGGAGGACGACGAUACUGGAUAUCAACGAUCGGUCGAUUUGUGGUCGGUUGGUGUUAUUCUCUACGUCAGCUUGAGUGGAACCUUCCCGUUCAAUGAAGACGAAGAAUUGCGUGAUCAAAUUCAAAACGCGCAGUUCAUGUUCCCAGUGCCCGUUUGGGGCCACAUUUCCCCUCAUGCGGUCAAUUUAAUUCAGUCUUUGCUCACGGUGGAUCCUGCCACUCGAUGCACUGUCGACGAGGCUUUGAGACAUGCAUGGUUGCAGGAUAACACCCUGGUUGGUGAUAUUCGCGAUCUUCAAACACGAUUGGGAGAGCGAUAUCUCAUGUGAAGCAACUUGUGAUCAUCUGCCUGUGAAAGCGCGGCUUGCAGACAGUUUUUUUUUAAAUUUUACGUUGUGUGCGUGUGUGCGUGUGCGUGUGUGUUGGAGGUAGUCAUUGUGUGAAAUGCUAAAUGUUUGAGAUUUGUCCAUGCU